UCCGCCGAGCAGUGACAAGGGGAUCGGCAAGCCUCCUUGCUUCUGUCAACCUCUCAGAUGGCUUGUGCCUAAAUAAAAUGGAUCCCGAAGGCAUAAACUGUUUCUCAGCCAUAUGAAGCAUCUUGGAUUUAUGAUGGUAAAGGGAGAUAAAGAGGAAGAAGUAUUGGGUGGAGAACCUGAGAAGACACUGGCGACUAGAAAGAGAGGAGGUACUCAUGUUUUUUUUUGUGGAUUUUUUUUGUUUGUUUUCCAAGCCAAGAUCUGCUCCUCCUGGUUGUGUUCUUCCUCCUUCUGUUAGGAGAUAUUUUCAACGAAAAAAUGGAACAGAAUAUGGAUGGAUGCAGUGUCCCUAUGGCUUGCUUUUUGCAGUGCAGAUCUGGGUUGCUGCAUUAGCACUGAGCCUCUUACUCACCCUUUCCAACCGUGUGAAGAAAAGUGAAGAAGUUUUGAUGAAUCAGUUUUCGAUAGCCGACGCUAUGACCGACAACCUGAGGAUAUUAUAAUUGUCUCCAGAGGAAGAGCGUCGCAUCUUUUAGGAGCCACAGGGGAAACUUCACAGUUCCAAAGCUUUCAGAGUCCAACAUGGGAUUUGGAGUGCUGGGAGUUUUUCUGGGGCUCCUCCUUGAGGUUUCAACCCACGGACCACACAGUGUUCCCCGAACUUCCUGGAAACGCCAAGAUUUGGAUCUCUUGGAGUUUUCAGAGCCCGGCAUCUUCAACUACUCGACGCUGCUGCUGAGUGAGGAAAGAGAUGCUCUGUAUGUGGGAGCAAGGGAAGCCAUCUUUGAGCUAAACAAGAGAGAUGUGACAGUCAGGAACCAAAAGGUUCAGUGGAAAGUUACAGAAAAUCCCAUGAGGAUGUGCACAGUUAAAGGGAAAUCAAAAGAGAGGGACUGCCUGAACUACAUUCGAGUGCUCCAAAUAGUGGAUGAUGAGCGGCUUUAUGUCUGUGGCACACAUGCCUUCCAGCCUCAGUGUGAUUACUUGAAUCUGGAGGACUUUUCUAUGGAGGGUCAACCUGAGGAUGGCAGAGGGAAGUGCUCGUUUGACCCUUCGCAGAGCUUCACUGCUGUCAUGGUCGAUGGAGAUCUGUAUUCUGGGACAGCUUACAACUUUUUAGGCAGUGAACCGAUUAUUUCCAGAUACAACCCAUCCCAUUCCCUGCUCAGGACAGAGUACUCCACGUCAUGGCUCAACGAGCCCAGCUUUGUCUUUGCAGACGUAAUCAGAGCCGGGAAGCACAAAGGAGACGGAGAGGAUGACAAAAUCUACUACUUCUUCACUGAGGUGUCGGUGGAGUACGAGUUCUUUGGCAAGCUGCUCAUUCCCAGGGUGGCCCGCGUCUGUAAGGGUGACCUUGGGGGGCAGCGUACUCUGCAGAAGAAAUGGACCUCCUUUCUGAAAGCCAAGCUGGUGUGCUCCAUGCCUGAACUCAACUUUGUUUUCAACGUGGUUCAUGAUGUUUUCAUCCUGAAGGGGAGAGACUGGAGAGACACAAUCUUCUAUGGUGUCUUCACCUCACAGUGGGGAAAUGUGGGUUUGUCAGCAGUGUGUGCCUACAACAUGACAGCUGUGGAGGAAGUCUUCUCUAAAGGGAAGUAUAUGCAGAAGGCCACAGUGGAGCAGUCCCACACUAAGUGGGUGCGGUAUAACGGCAUCCCUCCUUCUCCCCGUCCUGGCGCAUGUAUUAACAACCAAAUGCGCCAGCAGAACAUCAGCAGCUCGCUCCACCUGCCAGACAAAACCCUUCAGUUUGUUCGGGACCACCCGCUGCUGGAGGACCCCGUCCUGCCUAUCGGCAACAGACCUCGACUCAUCACUAAGGAUGUCAAUUACACACAGCUCGUAGUUGAGAGGGUCCAUGCACUUGAUGGAAACAUCUAUGAUGUAAUCUUCAGCGGAACAGAUAAGGGUGUCCUGCACAAGUCUGUGGUGUUCGAGGACGAUGUUCAUAUUGUGGAGGAGAUCCAACUCCUGAAGAACUCUGAACCCAUAAAAAACUUAUUGCUGUCCUCUAAGACACGGUCAGUGUACGCUGGAUCAGACUCUGGCGUCGUCCAGUCACCAACCGCUUUCUGUGGAAAAUAUUCUUCCUGUGAUGACUGUGUUCUGGCUCGAGACCCCUAUUGCGCCUGGGACCCCAACACACAUGCCUGUGUCAGUAUCCUUGAUGCUCCAAAGGAGCAGCUCAGGAGUCUGAUCCAGAGUCUGAAUGGUGACGCAGAGAAGUGUCCUUCAGUGUCUUCAGUGUCUCUGAAGGACUAUCAGAAAGUGUUGGUGAAACCAGGCAGCUCCACUGAGCUGCCCUGUGUGGCAAAUUCCAACCUGGCGCAUGUGAUGUGGAAAUCUAACGGCUCUCUUCUCAACGAGGCCUCUCGUUUCCACUUCAUCGCCGAAAACGGACUCCUCAUUUACAGCGUGGCCCCAGAGGACCAGGGUUACUACGAGUGCUGGUCUGUGGAAUGGGCUCCUGCUGCUGGGAAGAACUUUAGCCGCCUGCUGGCUGGAUACAUGCUGAAUCUGGAUCUUCCUCCCAGACCCCCUCCCCAGACAAACCAUGUGGCUACCACAGUCAGCAGCCAGGAGAUGAGUAACGUGCACGGAGCUGAAGGUAAUGUUAAGACAGAGAGACAGCCACUAACUUCGGCCAGCUUCACAUCCACAGCCCUCCUCACGUCCCCACUCCAAACUGACCCAUCACUAACCCUGCCGCCCAGUGGCACAGUCAGGUUACAGUCAAGCAGGAACCUUCCCCCAAACUCCGUUAUUCCUCGUCCAGAAGGCCAGGACCCUGCAGCAGAGUAUCUGCAACACAACAACAGCAUGGCCCUCCUCUUCCUCUUUCUGCUGUUCUUCCUCCUCUUCUUGGCUGCGAUGGUGUACAACUGCUACAUGCAGUACCUCCCAGCGCCAUGCCUGAGGCUGCGAGCCAUUCUGCUGGGGAGCCACAAGUGUACCCAUCAGCCCGAGUACAGGGCCUGCGAGGCGGGUUUAAUGGAAGUGUCUGCCACUGACAAAAUUAACAUGACGGAGCAACCCGCCCAGAAUCGCAGCCAAGCUGCCAAAAACCUCCAGGCACUGCGUGACACAGGCUACGAGACUGAACCGGAGUGCGGCAACGGCCGCGUCCCUUCUCACAACUUUGGAGGCGACAGCCCCUCGCAGGAGAAACCUUUUGAUGUGGACUGCGACUCCCAGUCCAUCCAGUUUGCGGAUGAAGAUGAACCUUACUCCUAGAAAAAUCAGAGGUGGUUUUCGCUCGUUCAGUGUUGGAAGUAUGUCAGGGCCAUGUGCUUUGUGUCUCUGCAGUAGGCAUGGGUCAGUAUGAUGACCUUGAGUAAGAAUACCAGAUCUACGGUUUUCAACAUAAACUAAUAUCGAUAAAAUGAUCCAGUUCCUUUUAUUUAAAACAGCAAAGCAGUGUUUAUUUGUAUUGCUGUUAAAUAAUAAUCUGCAAAAUUUAGUUGUGGUUUUCAAGGCGUUAUGGUGCAGAAAUUAAGCUUUUGGUCAUUUUGCUCUUUGUAGAGUAGCAGAGGUUUAACAAGCAGAUGUUUCCAUAUAAGUCAGACUGUAAGACCUUGCAUUCUGCUGCUUUAAAAUAUUGUUACCCUUAUGGAGGGAUGGGAGGUGUUUUUCGCACCUAGAAAUGUUUCCAAACAGCUGGACUUGUCUUGUAAGUAAGAAUAAUUGGGCAGCUUUAAGUGGGGGAGGAGUAGCUGCAUUACUUAAUGUUCUAUACAUCUACAGAAAUCUCUGGUCACUGACAUUUUCUCUGGUUCGUCUUGAAAGCGCAACUUUUCAAAACCUUGCUACAUCUACACAUCGAUACUGGUUGCAGGUUACUGCCCCAUGCCUAGCAAGCUAGCUAAAUAUCAUGGAAAUGAAUAUGUCCAGCAUCUAGCAGCAAACCUUUUCCGAGGCUUAGACCAGGCAUUCUGCUAUUUUGUGGUCUGAUUCAGGGUUUCUACCCUGUUAGUUAAGUCCAGCAAGAAAAGCUAUUUCUUAUAUUCCAAAUUGGAAACAUUAUUUACCAAAUUGGUAAGUUACAGUGAUGUUUUCCAAAUUGGAAUCCUAUAUUUCUCUUCAGCCUGAGUGUCUCUUUGAGCGUUUGCAUCCAUUUUGUUGUUUAACUGAUGCUUCAUCGUCAUUGUAAUUUCUCAGGGAAGAGUUGUUCUGUAUGAUUAGCCUUGAUGUGUCGGCCAGUGUUGUCUACCACACCAACAUUUAGAUUGUGAAGCUUCAUCACUGGGUCUUCAUGUCAGAAGAUGGAAAAACGAUCGGACAGCUUGCUUGGUGAAGAAACGCUGGAAUGUAUUGAGCUACGGACUCUUGAUGAGUGGCACUGCUGAGAUUUAAAAACAAUCUAUUUUCUUUUUCUCUUUACAUGUGAAGUCGACAUUCCUGAUUGUCCUGUGUAUUAACCUUCAUCAGUCAGUCUCCCUUAUAUCGUGUGUCACUGAAAUAAAAAUGUCCAGUCUGAACAGAGGACAAUAGAGGCCUCAAAACAAUCAGAAUUUUUAUAUUUAUUAUGAUGGCUAUAUUAAAACAUUUUAGAUUAUUUAA